UCAUCAACCUUCAACCGAUUCAGAUCUCGUAACGAUGAACCACUUGCUUCAAACAACAUUCUACGUUCUUUCGCUGACCUACCUCCUCAAUGCUCAAUCAACGCCCAAAUGCGGAGUUCCCCGAAUCCGGCACCAGGCUCUUCUCCGCUACGCCAGCGAUAGUUCCCCCGGAGACUGGCCAUGGCACGCCGCGUUGUACCACCGGACAGGCCGCUCGCUGGACUACGCUUGCGGAGGCACCCUGAUCAGCGAGGAGUUCGUGCUGACCGCAGCCCACUGUCUGUACGAUCCGGAAACCGGAGUGCAGCUGACCAAACGUCGCAUUCGGGUCCGGCUGGGGCUGCACAAUCUGGACAAGAUCAGCUCGGACUCGGUGAAGGAGUUCGGGGUGGAGGAGUUUUACGAGUCGGAGAAAUUUCAGAGGGAAUCGCUGAGGGAUGACAUUGCCCUGCUGGAGUUGAACGAAGCGGUUCGGUUCACGGAUUACAUCCUUCCGGCGUGCAUCAACGGACAGGUGUUGACGAGUGCCGAUUCCGGGAUGGCUGUAGGGUGGGGCGUUACCGAGGACGAUAUGGUUUCUCCGGUGUUGAAGCAAGCUCGACUGCCGAUUGUUGAAACCGCGGACUGUUUGGACAGUGAUCGGGAUUUCUUCGCGGGGUUGAUCCAUCGGUGUAUGUUUUGUGCUGGGUACCAGAACGGGACGACCGUUUGUAACGGGGACAGUGGUGGAGGAUUGUUCGUGGAACGAAACGGUGUUUGGUACCUGGGUGGGAUUGUAUCGUUUUCUAAGGCCCGAGGUCCGGGAAGCAAUCUUUGUGUGACCGAUGGAUACGCUGGGUUCACUGAGGUGGCGAGAUUUGUUGAUUGGAUUCAGCGGAUUUCGGAAGUUAAGGUUGUACGGUUAAGGAUCAGUGAGAGAAAAUGCCUAGAGUAUCAACAAACCCUUCGAAAACCACACCAGUUUGUUCCAGCUAUUACGCGAGAUCUAGGCUAUCCCAUAAAUGCUUGCCACGCUACCAUAAUUAGUGAGCAAUUUCUGCUAACUACAGCAGCGUGUGCUGUUUCGGAUGGACAGCUAGUCAGGAUCGAUGGUCCGGACUACGAGAUAAUCGAUAACACAACAAAAAUUAUUCAUCUAGCAUCCUCCAAGCUGGCACUGAUCAAACUUGGGAGGAGUUACUCCAAGUUGAAGCCGGACAUAACCUGCCUCUGGACCAAUCCUGAUCGAAUAAGUAAAGAUCAGCUUUCGGACGGUCACACACCGGACGUUCCCAUGAGAUAUUGGUCGUAUCUAAACUCAGUUGAGGACGACGAUGCUGGUACGAUUACCAUACCAGGGGAUACAUUGUCAUGCCGGGGUCGUUCCCCCGGAGUAGGACUCUUCGUAAAGCGAACCAGCGAGACGUUCUACCGGUUGGCGGGACUGCUGGACAGCUGCCAACCUUCCAAAUAUGGCCGAGUUACGCCGUUUCUAGACGAAAUCGAAAGGAACGUGUGGCCGGAAGAAUAAUU